GGUAGUGGUGGCGCUGGAGCUGAUGGUGGUGCUUGAUGGUGCUUGAUGCUUGAUGGCGUCACUCACUGGCCCGGUGGUGUAGCCUCAGUGCUCGCUAGCAGAGGAACGGCAGAUUUGCGGCUCCGGUGGCCGGGAUCGAGCAGCGCACGGGCGGUUUCUUGAUUCAGGAAAGAUGGAGGCUGCGGCCGAGGAGCUGCGGGCCGGCUCCCGGAUUCCGGUCACCAUAGAGCAGAUAGUUAACGACACGCUGGUGGUGACGCUCACCUACCGGGAACGGAGUUACACCGGUAUUUUACUGGAUUGCGACAAAAAGACCGGGUUGUUCUGCCUUCCAGACGUAGUAGGAAAAUCAGAGGAGCCGUUCAUAUCCAGACAGGAACCUGACGUAAUGAACGAGGAGCCGUGUUCCAAACCACCCAUUCAAUCAGCCCAGCGACCAAAGGAUGAAAACACAGAACCUGAAGAGCCCUCGGCCAUCCCAAUUCCCAUCCCGGUACAACCUGGCCAACCUACCUACCCUCCAUACUUUGAGGGUGCACCUUUUCCACAGCCCAUGUGGGUGCGUCACACUUACAGCCAGUGGGUUCCCCAACCGCCGCCGCGACCAAUCAAAAGGAAAAAGAGGCGGUCCAGAGAACCUGGGCGUAUGACAAUGAGCACUAUUAGACUCCGACCUCGGCAGGUGCUGUGCGAGAAAUGCAAAAACACCCUAACCAGCGACGAGGACAGCAAAGACGGGUCGACCAUUUCCAAGCCUUCCAGGAAGGAAAAUGCACCACAGGGGAACGACCAUGUCAAGGAGCCCCCACCUAAAGCACUCAGGAAGGAAGAUAAUGACACUACUAAGGAGUCCAGGAAGCGCGAGGAGGUGCCAGUCCACGAAAGCAAGCGCUGUCGGAAGGAACGGAAGGAGGACGAGAAGUUUCCAGCAGGCGAUGUGGUACCCCACAGCCCGGUAAUAAAAAUAUCCUACAGCACUCCACAAGGUAAAGGGGAAGUAAUGAAGAUCCCUUCAAGAGUGCACGGUUCUGUGAAGCCCUUCUGUCCCAAACAACUAAUGCAAAACGGGGUCGGGGAGCACGAAGGCAACCGGGAGCCUAGAAAAGAGGCGAGGCCCACCAUCGAUUCCAUCCGGACUGGCCUCACCGUUUCCAUCCCCAAACUCAAACUCCCAAAGCUGUCUGACCAGGACAUCCCGUCACCCAAAAUCCGCUUAAAGUCCCGCGUGGAAGGUGUUGAGCGCAUGUCCGUGUACGAGGCGGAGCUAGUGGGAGACGCCCGGCGUAAGAGCCCUCGGGUUUCUGAGUCGGGCCUAACACGACACGAGGACACUACGGACAAAGACUCUUUGGAACUUUGGUCAAGCGAGGAGACCGAACGACACGGUGACCUCACGUUGCUGAUCAACUUCGGCAAGCACAAGGCCGACUCGUCCAGCCUGUCGGUGUGCAGCAGUGACAGCCUGGACGAGUCAAAGUCGUUCAGUUCCGAUGGCACGUCGCCGGAGCUUUGCGAACUGGCGCCUGGCGAACAUGUCAUCGGCGUAUCGGCGGUGUCGACGGCGUCGUCCACAUCACGGCCCGAGGGCAGGACGGUUCCACCUCUUACUGUGCGCCUACACACUCGUAGCAUGAGUAAGUGUGUGACGGAGGAAGGCCACGCUGUGACUGUGGGUGACGUGGUCUGGGGAAAGAUUCACGGCUUCCCUUGGUGGCCGGCCAGAAUCCUUAGCAUCAGUGGCACUCGGCGAGAGGAGGGUGAAGUAGACACGCCUUGGCCCGAGGCUAAAGUGGCAUGGUUCGGCUCGCCUACCACCUCGCAUCUGUCCGUGGCCAAGCUGUCGCCUUUCCGCGAGUUUUUCAGGUUGCGCUUUAACCGCAAGAAGAAAGGGAUGUACCGCAGAGCCAUCGUCGAGGCAGCUAAAGCCGUGGGCCAUCUGAGCUCCGAGAUCACGUCCCUUCUCUCACACUGCGAGACAUAAGGAAAGGAACAAAAAUCCAGGACCCCAGCUGAAUCCAGGACCCCGUGCUCCCCUCCUGUUAUUCCUUCCCAGGACGGAGUGUCGUGCUUGCUAUCGUAAAGUAAAGGUGCUUCUCUCCACCCGCCCGGACAGAGCAAAUGGUGCGAGGAGCACUCGGUUCGAAGGAGCAAGCGGACAGACACCGGGGAUACACAAGAGAAAAUCAUCUCUUCCUCUCCACCUGUAUUUCUAUCCUACAUUUUCAGGACAUCCGUUUAAGUAGAGUGAGUAGCUCAACACUACAUCCGAAUGUAUUUAUUACUGCUGAAAUGCAGGCGUCUCAUCCAAUCCAAUCCCACUGCUGCUGUUUUUUUUUUUUGUUCUGUGAGUGAAGAGCUCCCGCCCGUCAGCGGAGUUACGUAAGCUAACGAAUCCAUCACGGAGGUCAUCACCCAGCCUGCUCUUGUCUCUAGUCACACUCACCUAGUUUGUUGAGGCUAGAAAGUACCUAACAGUGACGGACAUCCAUGUGAUGCUACACAGUCUUACUCUUUCCUUUUUCUUUCAAGUGAAAAUGUGAAACACUUUUGUAUUUUCUGCAUCUAGAGAUCGUCGUGUAGGUCUUAAAUCAUGCAGUAUGCCGUUGAACUUAGUCCUUUUCGUGCCAGAGGGAUGGGUUUUCUCUAAACGAUAUCUGUCCCCUUGACGAAAUAAAAGCAUUUUUUUUCCUU